AUGGAUAAGCUUCCAUCAGAGACUUUACAUCCUACUUCUGAUUCUGCAUCUACUGUUCCGUACUUUGUGAAUACUGCAUCUGUUGCAUCUACACCUAAUUCUGAUUCUAAUUCUUUUAUUUUUCACACUGAGAACAAUAUGAUACAACCUACACCUCGUGAGAGGACUCUAUGGGAGAUGGCUGCACUUGAUUUCACCUAUGAAAGCUUGUGCAUCCAAUAUCCUAAUGAGGAGGUGCCAUAUGUUCUCAAGACUGGACUAAUCCAUAUGUUGCCCAAGUUUCAUGGCCUUGCAGGUGAGUGUCCGCAUAAGCAUAUGAAGGAAUUCCAUAUUGUCUGUUCCACGAUGAAACCUCAUGAUGUUCCUAAAGAUCACAUCUUCUUAAAGGCAUUCCCUCAUUCAUUAGAAAAUGCAGCAAAGGAUUGGUUAUACUGCUUAGGGCCUAGAUCCAUCACCAGUUGGGAUGAUCUGAAGAGGUUGUUCUUGGAGAAGUUUUUCCCAGCAUCCCGGACCACAGCUAUCAGGAAAGACAUAUCUGGGAUUAGGCAGCUUGGUGGAGAAAGCUUAUAUGAGUAUUGGGAGAGAUUCAAGAAACUUUGUGCAAGCUGUCCUCACCAUCAAAUACCUGAGAACCUCCUUCUCCAGUAUUUCUAUGAAGGCCUCAACAACAUGGAUAGGAGUAUGAUUGAUGCUGCCAAUGGUGGAGCACUAGGAGAUAUGACGCCUGUUGAAGCUAGACACUUGAUAGAGAAGAUGGCUUCCAACUCCCAACAGUUUAGCACUAGAAGUGAUGCCAUUGUGGUGAUGGGAGUACAUGACAUUGCUACCCAGUCUUCAUCAUCUAGUGAUAGGAAAUUGGAAACCAAGCUUGAUUCUCUUCACCCUAUUGCUCAUGAUACGCCUCAAGCUUAUGCUACAAACAUCUACAAUAACAGGCAGCCACAACAACAAAACUAUGACUUGUCCAACAACAGAUAUGUGCCUCCUCCUGUUCAGAGAUUUCAAAGGCAGCAGCAAGAGAUUCCUGCCCAGCCAGCUUUCCAACCUUCCACUUCUUCUUUUGAGCUUACCUUGGAGGAGUUGCUAAAUCAAGCACAGUCGCAAAAUUCGGACAGAUUGUCUUCUCAGACUGUGCAAAAUCCUAGAAAUGAAAAUGUCAGUGAGAUCACCCUCAGAUCAGGGAAGCAAAUUUUUAUGCCCAUUGUGCCACCACCUGCACCUACAUUUGCUGCCUCUCAGAGAAAGGAGGACCAGGCAGGUCCUACUAGGACAUUUGAGGCAGGUGGACCUUCUUCCUCUUUUGGUGGUUGUUCUUCUUCAGGUGAACCUUCUUCUUCUUCUUUUGUCACCUAA